AUGCCCCCACCAUCAGACAUCGUCAAAGUGGCCAUCGAGUGGCCGGGUGCCAAUGCUCAGCUCCUUGAAAUCGACCAGAAACAGCCCCUGACGUCCAUCAUCAAGGAAGUCUGUGAUGGAUGGUCGUUGCCCAACCCAGAGUACUACACCCUCCGCUAUGCAGAUGGCGCUCAGCUCUACAUCACUGAGCAGACACGCAGUGACAUUAAGAAUGGGACGAUCUUACAGUUGGCCAUCUCCCCGUCCCGGGCUGCACGCCAGCUGAUGGAGAGGACCCAGUCGUCCAGUAUGGAGACCCGGCUGGACGCCAUGAAGGAGCUGGCCAAGCUCUCUGCUGACGUGACCUUUGCCACCGAGUUUAUCAACAUGGAUGGCAUCGUGGUGCUCACGCGGCUGGUGGAGAGUGGAACCAAGCUCCUGUCCCACUACAGUGAGAUGCUGGCAUUCACCCUGACUGCCUUCUUAGAGCUCAUGGACCAUGGCAUCGUCUCCUGGGACAUGGUUUCAAUCACCUUUAUUAAGCAGAUUGCAGGGUACGUGAGCCAGCCCAUGGUGGACGUGUCCAUCCUUCAGAGGUCCCUGGCCAUUCUGGAGAGCAUGGUCUUGAACAGCCAGAGUCUGUACCAGAAGAUUGCAGAGGAAAUCACCGUGGGACAGCUCAUUUCACACCUUCAGGUCUCCAACCAGGAGAUUCAGACCUACGCCAUCGCACUGAUUAACGCACUUUUUCUGAAGGCUCCUGAGGACAAGCGACAGGACAAGCACCUUAAUCCUCUAGACCUGCCUGUCACUGAUAUGGCCAACGCAUUUGCACAGAAGCACCUUCGGUCCAUAAUCCUGAAUCAUGUGAUCCGAGGGAACCGCCCCAUCAAAACCGAGAUGGCCCAUCAGCUGUAUGUCCUGCAAGUCCUGACCUUUAACCUUCUGGAGGAAAGGAUGAUGACGAAGAUGGACCCCAAUGACCAGGCUCAGAGAGACAUUAUAUUUGAACUGAGGAGGAUUGCAUUUGAUGCGGAGUCAGACCCUGGCAGUGUCACCGGGAGUGGAACUGAAAAAAGAAAGGCCAUGUACACCAAGGACUACAAAAUGCUGGGGUUCACCAACCACAUCAACCCUGCCAUGGACUUUACCCAGACUCCUCCUGGAAUGCUGGCCUUGGACAACAUGCUGUACUUGGCUAAAGUCCACCAGGACACCUACAUCCGGAUCGUUCUGGAGAACAGCAGCCGUGAAGACAAGCAUGAGUGCCCCUUUGGCCGCAGCGCCAUCGAACUCACCAAGAUGCUAUGUGAGAUCCUCCAGGUUGGGGAACUCCCAAAUGAAGGACGCAACGACUACCACCCGAUGUUCUUCACGCACGACCGUGCCUUUGAAGAGCUCUUUGGAAUCUGCAUCCAGCUGUUGAACAAGACCUGGAAAGAGAUGCGGGCAACAGCGGAGGACUUCAACAAGGUCAUGCAGGUGGUCCGUGAACAGAUCACCCGGGCCCUGCCCUCCAAACCCAACUCUCUGGAUCAGUUCAAAAGCAAACUGCGCAGCCUGAGCUACUCGGAGAUCCUGCGGCUGCGCCAGUCGGAGCGGAUGAGUCAGGACGACUUCCAGUCCCCUCCCAUCGUGGAGCUGAGGGAGAAGAUCCAGCCCGAGAUCCUCGAGCUGAUCAAGCAGCAGCGCCUGAACCGGCUCUGUGAAGGCAGCAGCUUCCGAAAGAUCGGGAACCGUCGGAGACAAGAACGCUUCUGGUACUGCCGCUUGGCUCUGAACCACAAGGUCCUGCACUACGGCGACCUGGAUGACAACCCUCAAGGGGAGGUGACCUUCGAGUCCCUGCAGGAGAAGAUUCCUGUUGCAGACAUUAAGGCCAUCGUCACCGGGAAAGAUUGUCCCCACAUGAAAGAGAAAAGUGCUCUGAAGCAGAACAAGGAGGUGCUGGAAUUGGCUUUCUCCAUCCUGUAUGACCCUGAUGAGACCUUAAACUUCAUUGCACCGAAUAAAUAUGAGUACUGCAUCUGGAUCGACGGCCUCAGUGCCCUCCUCGGGAAGGACAUGUCCAGUGAACUGACCAAGAGUGACCUGGACACGCUGCUGAGCAUGGAGAUGAAGCUGCGACUGCUGGACCUGGAGAACGUCCAGAUCCCCGAGGCCCCGCCGCCCGUCCCCAAGGAGCCGAGCAGCUACGACUUCGUCUAUCACUACGGCUGAGCCUGAGCCGGAGGCCACAACACCCGGGAAGGGACUCGGGGCCCAGGAGAGACUCACAGUCUGGUGCCUUGUCCUUUGCUUGUACAGAAUCUGUAGUGACUCUGAUGGCCAGCCAGUGCCAGCCGUUCCUCGGACC